CUCACCAGACCAUGGUGGGACGAAGUGGGCUAUGGUAGGACGUCUACGGUCAGCCCCACCUGCUGCCGGACUUAUUUUGAAACGAAGGGAGUACAUGUUCAAACAGCUCUUAUAGGUUCAUGUACCUGCUGCAAAAAGAAGGAGCAAGGUCAUGUCAUCGUUGGUUGGCAUCCCGAUCAUGUCUAGCACGAGGUCUAGUUGAUAUGUCAAAAGAAAAAAAAAGAGCACGAGGUCCAGUUGACAUGUCAGACCUUCUGGAUCAAGAAAAGGCACAAGUACAAGGAUCGUAGUGCAAAGUUACCCGUCUUCCACCGUGAAGAGACAUGGUCACAGAAAUCACCGGCAAUCCCUAGGAAGGACGAGCACGGCGGGAUCCAGCAUGGAGACAGCCCGGCGAUCCACCGGCAGCCCCUCGUCGGACGGCUUCUUGCCGCCCGGAUCGGACACCGAGGACGACGAGAGGUACUGCAGCGCCGCCAGCUCCGCGCUCGGGACGCCGAGCUCCAUCGCCACCCUCCGCCCCUCCUCCGACUUGUGGGACCACCAGAUGGACCUUCUCCUGGACGACCCCGUCGCCAGCUUCCCUAGGAGCCACCAGCUGAGCCACCGCCGCCUCCACCAACCGCAGGCACCAGCACCAGCACCAGAUCCUCCCGCCGCCGCCGCCGCUCUCUCGCGGCCGGCGUUGGGUUCCGAUGCGCCGGCUCUUCCGCCACGCGCUCGGCCUGCCAAGAUGGACAACAUUGAUGAAAGUGACUUAUUUGAUGAUAUGGUUCAAGAGAUGGAACAGAUUUUACUCAAUUCAGGGGAGCCCCAUGAAGGUGGACCUUCUACUGAUAACCGCGAGAAUAAUGCUCACCAAAAUCAGCAUUUCAGGGAUGGCAGCACCACUGCCUCUACCUCUGGUACAGACGAUGCAUAUGUACAUCCCCUUUCUUCCGAUCCUUCGAAAAUUGAUUCGGUGGAGGUUGUGGGGGCAAAGCAAAGAACAGGGGAUGUUUCUUUCGGUGAGCGGAUGGUUGGGGUCAAAGAGUACACUGUAUACUUGUUAAAAGUGAGGAGUGGUGAAAAUGAGUGGGAAAUUGAGCGUCGAUACCGUGAAUUUUAUGCACUUUAUCAACAACUCAAGCUCUUCUUUUCUGAGAAAGGAUUGAGUCUUCCAUCCACAUGGAUAAACGUUGACAAAGAGUCCAGUAAAAUGUUUGGGAAUGCAUCCCCAGAUGUUGUCAAUGGAAGAAGUGCUCUUAUUCAAGACUGCUUAUGUUCUUUGCUCGUCUCUAAUUAUCCCAAUGGAACACCCACCCCUCUGGUUAAUUUUUUGUCACCGGGUAUACCUGCUUAUGAACAUAGCUUUUUAAAGAUGCUUAUUCCUCAAUCUUUGAAAAGGCUAAGCAGCGAUUUACAUGCCAAAGAUUCAGACUGCAAUGGAGCUCUGCACAAGGAUUCUACCUCGAUGGGCAAGACAAUAUCACUUGUUGUGGAGGAUAGGCCUCAGAAGUCGACUAGACAGUUGUUGGAGUUUCAACACUACAAUUGUGCGGGAUGUCAUAGGCAUUUGGAUGCUGGACGGACGUUGCUGCAAGAACUUGUACAAACUAUUGGAUGGAACAGGCCUCGGUUUUGUGCUUACACUGGACAGUUAUUUUGUGCCUCUUGUCACACAAACGAUACUGCGGUUCUGCCAGCAAGAGUUUUGCAUCACUGGGAUUUUUCUUUAUACCCAGUUUCCCAGCUAGCAAAAGCAUUUUUGGACUCAAUCUAUGACCAGCCUAUGCUCUGUGUAAGUGCUGUCAACCCUUUCCUUUUUGCUAAAGUGCCUGCUCUACUUAACAUCAUGAGUAUCCGGAAGAAAAUAGCUGCCAUGCUUCCUUGUCUCCAAUGUCCUUUUCGGAACUCCAUAUUUAGAGGAUUAGGAGUUCGAAGAUACCUUCUUGAUGGGAAUGAUUUUUUUGCGCUUCGUGACCUUGUUGAUCUCUCAAAGGGAGCUUUUGCAGCACUUCCAGUUAAGGUGCAGACCGUAUCAAAUAGGAUACUUGAACACAUCACGGAGCAAUGCCUUGUGUGCUAUGAUGCCGGCAUUCCUUGUGCUGCUCGACAAGCUUGUGAUGACCCCCUGGCCCUUAUUUUCCCAUUUCAGGAAGAUGAAGCUACAAGAUGUGGUUCUUGUGGGUCAAUUUUCCACAAACAAUGCUUCAGGAAAAUUGGUGUCUGCCCUUGUGGUAAGAGUGCCAGCACAGGCACUAAAAUCGCGGCACUAGAACAAGCUAUAGAAUACGGCUCAAACAGGCUGUCAACUGAGUUCAUCCCACACCCUUCUUUUUCUUCAUCGUCAGGAUUUUUUGCGGGCAUUCUUUCGAAAGCAAGGUCAGAUAAGAUUUGGAAACCGAGAAACAGCAAUCCUGUGAUUUUGAUGGGUUCAUUACCGGAUACGUCUGUAUGAGUUCAGCUUAGCUGCAUGUGUGGAGUUUAUAAUUGCAAUUUUUGCAUACACAGAUGUUGUAUAUUUUGCCGCGACAGUAUAGCAAAGAGAGGGGAUUCUCACUGUUGUUCC